AGUCGGUAAUUGCGUUGGCUGCUGGCUGCUGAACCGAACGUGCAACAAGUGUCUGUUUUCUUCGUGUGUUUGUGUUUGCCAUCCAGAAGAGAGGAAGAGCGUCCCAGCCAUGAACCCUUCCGAGUGGUUUUCCGAAAUUUCCAACGAACUUUGGCCCGGCCAGUGCUUCUCGGUCAAGGUGAAGCAGGUGCUGCACGAGGAACGCUCCAAGUAUCAAGACAUCAAGAUCAUCCAGAGUGAAUCGCACGGUGUGGUGCUGAUACUGGACGGCAUCAUCCAGUGUACGGAGCGGGAUGAGUUCGCUUAUCAGGAGAUGAUCUCCUUUCUGCCGCUCUGCUGCCAUCCGAACCCGCAGCGCGUCCUGAUCGUGGGCGGCGGGGACGGCGGUGUGGCCCGCGAGGUCGCCAAACAUCCGUCCGUGCUGGAGGUGCACCAGGUCGAGAUCGACGAGCGGGUGGUGGAGCUCUCGAAACAGUACCUCCCGUUCAUGGCGUGCGGGUUCGAGUCGCCCAAGCUGAAGCUCACGAUCGGCGACGGGUUCGAGUACAUGAAGCAGCACGAGGGUGCGUUCGACGUGAUCAUCACGGACAGUAGCGAUCCGAUCGGGCCGGCCGAGUCGCUGUUCCGCGAGUCGUACUUUGAGCUGGUGAAGCGGGCGCUCAAGCCGAACGGCAUCAUCUGCUCGCAGGGCGGCAGCUUCUGGCUGGAUGCGGGGCACGUGCGCGAAACGCUCGACUACUGCCGGAAGCAUUUCCCGCGCGUCACGUACGGGCUGGCCGCGGUGCCGAGCUACCCGACCGGCCAGAUCGGGUUCUUCAUCGCCAGCCUCAAUCCGGAGACGGAGUUCAGGGAACCGGCGCGCCAAUUCGAGGACGCAGAGAUCGACCAGCUGGGACUGCGAUACUACACGACCGACGUGCAUCGGGCGGCCUUCACGCUGCCCAGGUUUGCGGCCAAAGCGCUCAACCCGUAAAAGCAAUAGCUUCCCCUCGUCCGUUUUGCUUCUGGAGGGAUGUCAAAGACUCACCAACGCCACAAACGCGCCACAAUUGUACAACGAGCGAUAAGCAUUUUUUAUAUAGCGAUGCAGAAGAGGUAAUUCUUUUUAAAGUCAAUGCCAAGAAUCUGUUUCUUUCUGUUAUUUCUCUCUUUCUCUAUUUCUGCCAAAAUAAAUGUUAUUGCAUCAUGUCCACAUUUUUAUAUCAAAACAA